AUGACUCAUCUUAAAGCUAUUAUGACACACAGUGUCAUGUCACUCUCAAUAGCUCAGCUGGAAGAGCGCAAGACUGUAACUGCGUCACAACACACUGUCAUCUUGAGUAUUGCAAUCUUGGCGCAAUACCUGCCGAUCAAGACUACAGCAGGAAAACAGGAGGCGGAUGAGGAACAGAAUAUGAGUGUCACGAAGGAAGCAGCAGGCAUAGUAGCCAAGUAUUUGACUGUGCAACAAGAGAAUCAAGAAACUCCGGCGACUUAA